AUGAGUUGCCAAAUCUCCAAGUUCGGCAACUGCGCCGCGCUUUUAGCAACUGGAAGCCGAUUGAUUUUGCACCGCGAGUUGCUCAAGAUAGCAACUGUGGAACGUGAAAGGUUCCCCCGGGGAUCCAAUCCUUGCUCUACCAACCCAUACCGGACACACAUAGCUACCGGUACCGGUCUUGAAAGUAUGUAUAACUCUCAAAGACCAGUGGUACCGGUCUUUGGGAGUGUACGUUCUUCAGCGACCGUUCCGGUCCUUGAGAGUGUACGUUCUUCAGCGACCGUUCCGGUCCUUGAGAGUGCGUGUUCUCCAGCAACCGGUACCGGUCUUCAAGAGUGUACACUCUCUAGUGACCGGUACCGGUAUUUGAGAGUGUACACUCUCUAG